GGCCUGCUGUUGUCCCGUGCUCUGCUGUAACAUAUAAAAACCGAACCUGCAAACGCGGUUACUCGAUUCUCAGGAUUUAUUGAACAGUGCAAAAUUCACUGGUUUUAAAAUGGACGACGAAAGCGACCAGGAGAAUACGAUCGAGGACGAUUAUUACACCUUCUUAAAUAUCCCGAGAAACGCUAGUCCUGAAGAUAUCAGCAAUGCAUAUCGCAGACAAAGCAGGCUUUAUCAUCCUGACAAGCAUACAGAUUCGACGCUUAAGAAAGAAGCCGAGGUUCUUUUUAAUCGUACUAAGAAAGCAUACGAAGUAUUGAGUGACCCACAUCAGAGAGCAAUUUACGAUUCACUGGGAACCCGUGGGUUAGAGACAGAAGGAUGGGAAAUCGUGCAACGUACAAAGACACCUCAGGAGAUUCGCGAGGAAUAUGAAAGACUGGCCAGGGAAAGAGAAGAGAGACGUUUGCAUCAGCGUACCAAUCCUAAAGGCACCGUAACAGUAAAUAUUAAUGCGACCGAUCUUUUCACGACAUACGAUGAAGAUUACAUUGAUAGCAGUGGCUUUUUCUCGUGCAUCGAAGUUAGCGGAAUGUCGUUUGCGCAGUCUAUCGAAGCGCCUCUCACAUUGAAGGACACAAUAACUAUGUCCGGACAACUUGGCACUCAAAACGGCACGGGUUCCGGGUCGAUUAAUAUCUCGGCGAAACGAUUGAUCUCUUCCAAAGGCUGGGUGGAAGUCGAGGUCGGGGCUGGCAACGGCCCGACAUUUUCUCUCAAAGGAUUUCGCACAUUGACAAAGAGAUUAUUCUGUGAUGGAGCAGCAAUAUUACAAUUCACGUCGCACGGUGUGAAAGCUGGCUACGUGGGAACACUUGCAAUGCAGUUGGACAAGCAUACAGUGGGAUAUCUUACGUAUAGAGCUGGCAUACAAGAUGCCAUGAGCACCAUGAUUGUGAGAGACACAUCCCGAUCGUACACUGCAAUCUCCAUACAUUUCGGACUUUUACAUUCUUUCGUCAGCCUUAAUUACACCUAUAAAAUGGAAGAGAAACAGCUCAGGCUUCGUAGUAGCGUCAAAGCUGGUACUUUCGGCGCUUUCUUCGAAUACGGCGUGGAGAAAAAAGUCUCUCAGCACAGCUCGGUUUCGGCAGCUGUACGCGUCGGUGUGCCGACUGGCGUCACGUUAAAAGUUAAACUGAGUCGUGCCUCGCAGUCAUACACGUUUCCUAUCCACUUAUGCGACGAGAUUCUUCCAGCUCCAGUUUUCUACGCCACUGUGGUUCCCAUCGUAACGUGGACAGUCAUUAAGAAGCUAAUAAUCGAUCCGGUGGUGAAAGAGCGGAAGGAACGUGAGAAGGAGAAGCAGAAGGAGAUGUACAAGUCCAGAAUACUGGAGAAACAAAGAGAAGCCAAAGCUGCUAUUGAACUAAUGAAAGAGACCGUCAGCAGGAUAAGAGCCGAGGAGGAAUCCAAGAAAGGAUUAAUUAUUACUAAAGCUCUGUACGGUCGAUUCGUCUAUCCUCAGCAAGACAGGUCUAAUUUGGAAGAGAGCGGACACAGAGAUGAAAUGAUAGACGUGACGAUUCCCUUACAAUGUUUAGUCAAAGAUUCCAAAUUGAUUCUUCAUAAGGCGUCCAAGAGCCAACUACCUGGAUUUUAUGAUCCAUGUGUGGGAGAAGAUAAGCAGCUUUUGGUACAGUAUCUUUUCCACGCUCAAACGCAUGAAUGUAUCAUACGAGAUGAUGCACCUCUGAGGAUACCAGUUUCAUCGCAUAAAGUGAACACCACCUGACGUAUGUUGUCGACGUUAAAAGCAAAACGCCGCAGUCGCCGCAAUCCUCAUAAAUGAUCGGCAUAUUAUUGCAGUGUAGACUGUUAACUCUUAGAAAUUUAAUUUUACAUAGAAGAUGAAAAAUACCGAGUGUUCGUUGAUCCCCAUGCUAUGUUAGUAUUGUCUUCUCUCAGUAAAAUGAUAUUUAACUAUUUGAAAGUAGUCACAUGUAAUCCAAAGUGUGAAAGAAUACGUACAU